UGGCCCGAUACCCAACUUCAGCUCUGCAUCUUUCACAUUAACCAGAAUGUCUCUCUUAACGUCAAAAGGAAGUGGAAGGGGCCUGGAGGGCUAAUCAACGAGCUCGACGUCACUCGUAAUAGGGAGGCCGCAGAGGAUGAGGCCAUUCAGAACCUCAACGAUCGAGCCCGUGCCAACGAGGCCCUCAGCUGCGGCCAGCAGCCUCAGGAGAUUCCUCACAUACCUACCGGCUUCUGUCAACUGUGGGCUUACGUUAUGUAUGCCAAUACUGAGGACGACUUUGACGCUGCCUGGGACCGCCUGUUGGAAGAGUUUGCCGACCAAGACUUAGCUCUGAAGUACAUCACAGACACCUACCUUCUACUGCGAUAUUAA